AUGAUUGACAGAUCGACAGCAACUGCUUCCGCGUUCCGCGGUCUUGUCACUAUCGAAGUCGGCCCCAACGAACAAGUCUUCUCAAUCCACAAAGAUCUCCUCAGCUUCUACUCCGAUUACUUUCGCGGAGCUUUUGAAAACGGUUUCAAAGAAGCGGUUGAGGGUAAGAUGAGCCUAUUGGACGAAGAUUCUGAGACCUUCUAUAUAUUCAACACUUUCGUCUACACUCGUGGACUUCGCAAUGCUCAGGGUCUCGAAGGAUCGAAGCUAUCAUUCUCCACACUGAUUGAUCUGUGGCUUCUAACAUGGUCAUCGACUGCUUCGAAGAGAAAUCAGACAAGGAGGGACGUGUACCGUGGAACACACACCUACACACGAUCUACGAGAACACUUUACAUGGGGGCUCCGUUGCGAAGAAACAUGAUAGAUCUGAUGGCUUAUGUAGAUGUUAUAGGUGAUAGGAAACGCGACAAAGUGAUAGCAGCAUGGCCACUGGAAGGUCUGGUGGAUCUUGCUUCCACACUCUCGAAGAAGACAGCAGAAGAAUUUGGCGACUACCAUUUGCCAAAGCACAAGAGGGAAAAGUGCUACUACCAUAUUCAUAACGAAGGAGAGAAGUGCACUUGA